AUGGCAGCUCCAGAGUUUCUCUGCGCAAACUGGCCCUCCGACUGCACUGAUUGCAAGAGAGGGGGCAAGUAUACUUGCAAGGGCUGUCUGCUCGUCACUUACUGCAGCGCAACAUGCCAAAAGUCUCACUGGCCUCAACACAAGUCUGAAUGUAGGUCUCCUUUAGGUAAAAAGACAUGGCAGCCUGCCUGGAUCCUGGAGAACCGAACUCCAUCCUUUAUCGGAAAUGGGAUAGGAGAACAGUUUGGAGCUCCAAAGUACCUCUGGGGUAAUGUUCCUGCCGUCGAUGUCCUUCGACUUGGAUCAAACGAGGGAGAUGGAUACCAAGAAGACCUGCACAUCUUGUUCGCUGCCUCAGGGGAUCUUCGAAAUGUUAUCAAGACGGUCGCCCAACUUCCGAGCAGCUAUAGCCGCUCCCUCCACGUCAUAAUAAAUGACCGGGAUUUUGAUAACGUGGCUCGCAAUUUUACCCUGCUUCUUAUUGCCCUAGUAGUUGAGGACGCUAACAAGGCAACCGACCACAUUGUUCAUCUCUGGUACUCGGCUCUCGUACGCGAGUCAGACAUCGACCUCCUCCAUCAGCGGAUCAGUCCCCUCAUCGAAGAAAUUUGUGGAAAGAUCAAAGACAAGGCCCCUAAAAGCCUUUUAGGAAAGACAUGGACAUUUGGGAAGCGCUCUCUCCGUAUUGUCCUCGAAAAGUCCUCGUGGGACCGUCUUUUGUCCUUUGUCACUGCGCCUGUUACCCUGACAGCUGAACGAGCACACGAGAUUCGCGCAGCUGUCACUCUAGCCGAGUCAAGGAAGGACUACCGUGACCGAUACAUGUAUUGCCUGUCUCCUGCCCAUCGAGUUGCGUUUAACAAGUUCCGGGGAGACGGCCUCCUACUUCCAUUUGGGUCCACGCGACAGGAAUUUCGAGUACCAAACCCGACUUUCUUUCAGGCUGAAGAUACCUGGCCAAUGAAGGAUAGUGCUGAUCCUCUUCAGGGGUGGUCUUCAGAGGAUGUUGCCAAUACAUCAAGCGGAGCCGCAGCAGCUGAUAUCUAUGGCAAGCUCUUCUACCACAUCCGUGGAAUGCUUCGAUCGUUUCUCAGUCAGCUCUCAAGGCGAUGUCUCUCUUUUGAACUCCUUCACGUUGACGCUGCUUUGCUUCCUGACUUUCUUGAGGAAAACACUUUUAGUAGAAUCGAGGUGUCCAACAUCUCGGAUGGUGGAUGGCUGGGGAUACAUCGAACACUAGGAUCGAUGGUGCCCUUGCUACAAACUCCCCUCGAGAACCCACAUGCAUGCCUGAUUACCCUUUUCCUUAACGCCGUUGACGAGACCUUAACCGACCAAGACAAACUACGUGACAUGACUGUAGAUAGUCCAACAACCAAAGCCCUCUUGAAAUAUCUUCCCCCCACGAGAAAACUAUCCUCCACAUUUGAUCCCGAGCUUAUUAAGUUUAAUUCUGGCCGGAAUUUUCUCACUCCUUUUGACCACAUAUUCGAUCGAUAUUCGAAGGAGCUCGGGUUCUGUGAGGUUGCUGACCUUCUGGGCGCUGCGAUGAAAGAUAACCACUCUAUUAUCGAAAAGUGGCCCUUCAGAUUGAAGCUCCGGCCUGGCCAGCCGGGAGCACAGGAAGAAUUUGACCGGUCCGUUAGCGGAGGGAUGUCAGGGAAGGAGCGCUACGUCGAGUGGAAGAGAAUUUAA